AAGAAUAUUUAUUAGACCGAAUCAUUUCCCAUCCACAACUCAAACGAUAUUACUGUGAUAACACGAAUAGUAGAAAUAUCAGAAUCAGCACUAGCUGGAACGAUAUUGAUUCCGGCGAGGAGAUCGUUAUUUCUGGUAUUGCAGGCAGAUUUCCUGAUUCAGAUAAUAUAAAUCAUUUACGAGAAAAUUUAUUUAAUAAAAUUGAUCUUGUUAAAGCAGAUCACAAGCGAUGGAAAUCAG